UCUAAGCAUGAAGAGAUGACUGCAGCUAACAGGCAGCUGAAGCUGGAAAGAGAAGUUCAUCAACAGGAGUUGGCAGAUCUUAGAUCAGAGUUACAAAAUGUUAAAAUCAAACAUGAACAAAAUGUUCAAGAGCUCAUGAAACUCCUUAAACAAGAAAAGGAUGAUGCAGAGGCUCAGAUUAGAAUGCUAAAGAUGGAACUUGGAGAAGAGAAAAACACAGUCAAGACUCAAUGUCGGCAACUGGAGAAGAUAAAAAUGGAGUGUGAUAAACUGACAGAAGAAUUAACCCAAAAUGAAGAAGAAAAUAUAAAACUCAGGCGGAAAUGUGAGUUUGUAAAACAAGAACUGGAGAAAAAGGAUAAACAGAUUAGCAAUGAAGAAGAUCAUCUGAGAAGGAUGGAUGAGGCCAGACUGCAGUUUAAGGAUCAGCUGCAUCAAUUAGAAAUGGAACAGGAAUCUAUUCUCGCCGUGAUAGGAAGUGAAAUUGAUGCUGCUUGUGAAAUUUUUUCUCGGGACUCCAUGGAAAAAUUCAAAGCAAUAUCACUUACACCAACAGUGCUGAACGAUCCUCAUCGCUGGUUAGCAGAAACAAAGACUAAGCUUCAGUGGCUGUGCGAGGAGGUAAAGGAGAGAGAAAGUAAGGAGAAAAAGCUGCGGUGCUACUUACUGCAGAGCCGAGAACAGCUCAAGCACUUUACACAGAUGAAGGAGGCUGAACAUCAGUCUCUCUUUAAACAGAUAAAAAGGCAAGAAAAACUUUUGGAAGAAGUUCACAGAGAAAAAAGAGAGGUGGAUGCAGGUUAA